UGAAGGUUAUAUUUAAAUUACAAAAAUUCUAAAUUAAAAGUGUUUUUUUUUUUUAUAAAAUAAAUUAGUUGAAAUUAAAAGAAAAAAUUGCAAGUAGAAAUAAAUUUAUAGUUUUUAAACUUAUUUAAAUUGGAAGAAUCGAGAAGAUAAAAGAAAUAAACUGAGCACUUGAUUGUCUAUCUGUGCAAAAGACUGUUAACAUUCGUACAAUUCAAUUUGAUAUAUUUAAACCAAAAUAAUAUAGGAAAAUUUUAAUAAAUUAAAAGAAAAAUUAAUCGUUGUUAAUUAUCACAUCUUGCUGUCUUAAAUUAAAAGGAUAAAAGAUGGAAAUAACUGAAAAUACAAAAAAUUCUAGUCUAACAGAGCAAUCGCAUUGCCAACAAAACAAGUCUAACAUAAACAAUUGUGAUAUAAAAAUGGUAGCUGAUGAUAAUCCACAUCAAGAUGUUAAUGUUAAAAUUGUAAAGAAUCGAGAUGAAGAGAAAAUUAAAAAUUUAAAAGAAACUAUACCUGACAUUAAUAAUAUAUUUAAAAUACAUAGGAGAAUUGGUAGUGGUACAUUCAGUACAGUAUUUUUAGCUAGUCUAAGAAAAAAAUAUAAUGAUGAAAUUGAAGAUAAAGAUGAAUUAAGUGAUAAUAAAAAACGUAAAUAUUAUGCUAUAAAACAUAUUGUUCCAACAAGUUCACCUCAAAGAAUUAUUAAAGAAUUAAAAUGUUUAAUUGAUAUUGGUGGUGUUGAUAAUGUUAUUGGAGUUAGUUUAUGUUUAAGACGUAAUGAAAAUGUAGCAUUUGUUAUGCCAUAUAUUGAACAUACUAAUUUUCAAUCAUAUUAUAAAAAAAUGUGUGUAUCUGAAGUGCAAUUAUAUAUGAAAAAUUUAUUAAUAGCUUUGAAAAGAGUACAUAAAUUUAAUAUUAUUCAUCGUGAUGUAAAACCAUAUAAUUUUUUAUAUAAUCGUAAGAAGAAAGAAUUUUUAUUAAUUGAUUUUGGUUUAGCACAAAAUGUUAUAAGUAGAGCUGAUAGAGAGGCUAGUUUAUUAAAACGUAAAAUCACUGAUGAUGGAAAUUUAAUUAAUGGUACUUUAAAUAAUAAUGUUGACAAUAGUAAUUGUAAUAAUAAUAAAAAAAUAUGUCUUGAUAACCAACAAAAAUCACCAGAAAAAAUGCCAUUAAAACAAUUAAAUGGUCUAACAACAUUAACAUCAACUAAUGUAAUUAAUCAAAUUGGAAAUGCUGGAAGUUUAUUAACAUCUAGUGAACAGACAAAUAAAAAUAUAAAAACAAAUGAAUCUUCAAAUAAAUCAAAUAUUCAAUUUGAUAGAAGCCCUACAGGCACUCUUCAAUAUCCAAAUAAAAAAGAUAAUUUGUAUUUAAAAUCAACAACUAUAAAUGAUCACAAACAGCAACAAGUAAGUAGUCCAAGUUCAUCAAAUAAUCAACAAUCACAAAAAAGUUGUCAUUGUUUUGGUAAACCACAAGUUUGUAAAGUUUGUUUACUUCGAAAAGAAAUACCAGCAUCAAGAGCUGGUACACCCGGUUACCGACCACCAGAAGUACUUUUGAAAUACACUGAACAAACAACAGCUGUUGAUAUAUGGGCAGUUGGUGUUAUUUUUAUAUCAAUAUUAUCUGGUGUUUAUCCUUUUUUUAAAGCUCCUGAUGAUUUUGUGGCAUUAGCUGAAGUUGUUAUGUUAUUUGGUGAUGAAGCAAUUCGUAAAACAGCAUUUACAUUAGGUCGUCAAAUUACGAUGAGCCGUAAAUGUAAACCAUUAAAUUUACGAAGAUUAUGUGUAAGAUUAAGAAAUCGAAAUAAAAUUGAUCAUAAUUUAAUACAAGAGAAAUAUAAAAAACUUGGUAAAACUUAUGAGGAAUGUUCAAACUGCCAACAAAUAUCAUAUGAUUGUUUAUGUGAAAAAACUAAAUAUAAAUUAGAAGAUAUUGGUGAAGAUAUAUUUCCAGAUAGUGCAUAUGAUUUUUUAAGUAAAUUAUUAGAAAUAAAUCCACAUAAAAGAAUAACUGCCGCAAAAGCUUUAAAUCAUCCAUUUUUAAGAGAGAAAUUUGACUAAAAUAUUAAAAAAAAAUACAAUGUUUUUUUUUUCUUUUGUAAUUUUCUUACAUUUUAAGUAGUUAUUUAAA